CGUCUCGGGGCUCUGAGGGCCGGCAGGGCCGGGCCAGAGCGGCGGCAGCGGCGGCUCCGUCCCGGGAUGUGGCGGCGCCCGGCCGGGCUCCUUCUCGUCUUCGCGGCCGCCACGGCCGCGCUGUGGCUGCUGUCGGUGCGGCUGAGCGCGGGGCAGACGCGCAGGGCGCUGCGGUUCCCGGCGGACCUGGAGGAGCUGCGGGAUCUGGCCGAGGCGCUGCGGGACUACGAGCGGCAGCACCGGGGCGCGGCGCUGGCGCUGUUCUGCGGCGCUUACCUGUACAAGCAGAGCUUCGCCAUCCCUGGCUCCAGCCUCCUGAAUGUCCUGGCGGGAGCUCUCUUCGGGCCAUGGAUGGGGCUGGUGCUGUGCUCGGUGCUCACGUCGGUGGGAGCCACCCUGUGCUACCUGCUCUCUGCUGCCUUCGGCAAGCAGCUCGUCGUCCACUACUUCCCUGAGAAAGUGGCUCUGCUGCAAGGGAAGGUAGAAGAGAACAGGAGCUGCUUAUUUUUCUUCUUGUUGUUCCUGAGGCUGUUCCCCAUGACACCAAACUGGUUCCUGAACCUCUCGGCUCCCAUUUUAAACAUCCCCGUGUCCCAGUUCUUCUUGUCCGUCCUCAUCGGCCUUACACCAUAUAAUUUCAUCUGUGUGCAGACAGGGGCCAUUCUGUCCCAGAUCACCUCUCUGGAUGCCAUUUUCUCCUGGGACACGCUGCUCAAACUGCUGGCAAUGGCCAUGGUAGCCCUGGUACCAGGGACCCUCAUCAAGAGAUACAGCAAGAAGCACUUGAAGCUGGAUGGAGACAAGCAAACUCAGACACUCAAUGGCAAAAAGAGUUUCUGAUGGUUCAGGUGCCCCAGUUUUGGGGUAAAAGCUGCAGGUCUCUGCAGGGGGUUAUAUUCUGCAUGCUCUGUGCCACCAAGGACAGUGGCAGUUUUUAAUUGUCCUCCUCAUCUCAGAGGAGGUGUAAGAUUCUUAUUUUUGAUGAAUGUUUACCUGUGCAUGUACCUGCACGGAGAGAGCGAUACAGGGACUUUGUGAACAGUUGGUUAAUGUGCCUGUUUCGUUUAAAUCAUCCCCUGUGUGCCUGAGGGGGUGCCCAGCCCACUGCCAUGGGGACAAAAGGAGUGUUGGCAUCCUGUGAGGAAGGCAAACCAGAACCCCUUAAUCCUGCCCAGCACAGGGAGGCCAAGCACUGCCCUGGAGGCAGGAGGCAGGCCCUGCUCCCUCCAACCCCAGACUGAUUUAGCAUUUUUUGGCCUAAAAUGACAAAUGGUGCUGUUGGGUGCAGUAGCACAAGCCCCAAGCUGAGAAAAUAAUGGUGUUUCAAGGUGCAGCUGUUGAAGACUCUUCUUUGAUUCCAAUGUUAAACCAGCACACCCUGCAGCAAAAUGCUCAGGAUUUGGGCUGCCUGUGUGUACCAGUCGUGUCAGAACACACAAGGUUGCUUCCCCAGUCUGUCAGUGGCUGCUACUCCCCAUAAAGACUAAAGGGGAAAAGAAAAGGAAUGGAUGUGCCUGGCUGACAGGGAUUUGUCCCUGAGAAGCACUUUGAAACCUACAUAUUUGCUCCUGUAUAACUAGAAGGUUUCCAAAUAAACAAGUGGGUUCUUGUCCCA